AUGCGGAGGAAUGCAUUGUGCGGUGCAGUGGCGCUGGUACCAAGUAUGCCUGGGGAUCGAGUACGACUAGGUGGCCGGCCAGGUCACCCUAGUCGUCCACCUCCACCUCUCUGGCUCAUUGCUUUGGCCCUGGUGCAAUAUGGAGGCAAUCUGGAGGUGGCAGCACAAAAAGCAAAAACGGUAUGGCUUCAAGAAUCCGAACCAUCAACCCAGCCUACCCGUCCCAACUCGAAGUUCACAUCGCUAUCCACCACACCAUCCGUCGCUGCCAGCAGCCUAACCGUGGAGAGCCUAUAUGAAACUUCCCCGCACUUUUAA